AAAUUCCACAAUUUAGCUUAAAAUACAACAAUCAUCUCUCCAGAGAAGAUCCUCUCAGAUCCCAUCUCUGCACCAAUCCGAACCGAUCGAAAAUGUCGUCUACCUUCAGCGGCGAUGAAACGGCACCCUUCUUCGGCUUCCUCGGCGCCGCCGCCGCUCUAGUCUUCUCCUGUAUGGGAGCGGCGUACGGAACCGCCAAGAGCGGCGUCGGAGUGGCGUCCAUGGGCGUGAUGAGGCCGGAGCUGGUGAUGAAGUCUAUUGUUCCGGUGGUUAUGGCUGGUGUUUUGGGUAUUUAUGGUUUGAUUAUUGCUGUGAUUAUUAGCACAGGUAUUAACCCUAAGGCCAAGUCUUACUACUUGUUUGAUGGCUAUGCUCACCUCUCUUCUGGACUUGCCUGCGGUCUCGCCGGCCUUGCCGCCGGUAUGGCCAUCGGAAUCGUUGGUGAUGCUGGUGUUAGAGCCAAUGCACAACAACCAAAGCUCUUCGUCGGUAUGAUUCUUAUCCUCAUUUUCGCCGAAGCCUUGGCUCUCUACGGUCUCAUUGUUGGCAUCAUCCUCUCAUCUCGUGCUGGUCAGUCUAGAGCAGAUUAGAUGAGAAAAUCUUGAUCUUGGCUGAUGUGAGUUGCUAUUCUUUCCUUAAUUAAGAAUUAUAAGUAUCUUAUCCCUGUUUGGCAUGGUAGUUUGGCCAUGGCUACUGAGUCUCAAAUUUUAUUUUGUGCACGUCGGAAGUGGUUUGCCAGUGGAAUCGAGGGUUGACAUGAUAUUAUGUUGGUAGGAUGUAGAGGAGUUUAUUUUUCUGGGAAUAAAGUUUAAUACUUUUAUGUUAGUGUUUUGUGGAAGGACCAAAUUUGAUUUGUGGAAACCAUUGCCUGUAUUAUUGUGUCAACACUGCACAUAUAUCAUUAUCUUAAGCAUUAUUAUUUGUUUC